CAGCUCAGCGACGUGCACUCUUUUGCAGCAGCCGGUCAACAUGGCGUCCGUUCGGGUUUUUAGCGCUGUUCGACUUCUAUCACAGCAAAGGCUCAACGGAUUUGCAAUAACAGGUUCUCAUUCCCGAUUUCAUCGUGCUCUCUCAGUCUCUACAGCUAUGAGUGCUAAACAUAUAAAAUAUGAAGUUAAGAAUGAUGUGGCUGUUGUGAAGAUAGACUGUCAAGAAUCAAAGGUGAACACUUUAACUAAAGAAGUCAUCAGUGAGUUUAAAGAGCUGAUGAAUAAAGCAUUGGAAGAUCCAUUAGUCAAAGCAGCUGUUCUAAUAUCUGCAAAACCUGGAUGCUUUAUUGCUGGUGCUGAUAUUGGAAUGAUAUCAUCAUUGAAAACUAAAGAUGAGGUAUUUAAGUUAUCAAGAGAUGGACAUGAAAUGUUUGACCACUUAGAGAAACACGACAAGCCAGUAGUAGCCGCCAUUAUGGGUACCUGUCUUGGCGGUGGAUUGGAAACUGCUAUUGCCUGCAACUAUAGAAUCGCUGUUAAUGAUAAGAAGACGGUAUUGUCUGUUCCUGAGGUCAUGUUAGGUCUACUUCCCGGUGGUGGUGGCACACAGAGAUUACCUAAAAUGAUUGGCUUACCCAAUGCACUAGACAUGGCAUUGACUGGUAAAAAUAUACCAGCCAAGAAAGCUAAGAAGAUGGGGUUAGUGGAUCAGAUAGUGGAACCAUUGGGUCCUGGUAUUGAUACUCCUGAAAACCGUACAUUACAAUAUCUAGAAGAGGUCGCCAUAGAUGCUGCAAGAAUGUUGGAAGACUACUACUCAAACGACCCAAAGGUCAGAGGUCAAUUUCCUGGCAAGGCUACAAAGGCGCCAUUAAGUUUAUGGCACACUGUACCUUCAUUGAUCUUCUGGUGUGCAGUUGCCACACCAUUCAUAGCAACGGAAAGAGGAAGGUCUCUGUACUGGAAAGUUGGUUUAUUCAGCACCUUUGGUGGCUGUUUGUGGAUGUCAAUGACUACGUGA